GAACUUGAAGGGCAUUGCUGUAAAUUUUCAGCUAUACGUAUAUGUGUGUAUAUAUAUAUGUAUGUAUGUGUGUGUGUUUAAGAGUUGGAUGCAUUUUCUUGGCAGCCAAACUUUAUUAUUCGAUCGGGUGAUUCUUCUCGGAUCCUUUUAUUCCCAUUUUUUUCUCGUGGGUAUCUUUUCCAUCGUUCGACGAAACUGGAGCUUUCUCCCCCCAUUUACGUCUGGUCCCCAACCCAUCUCCAGAUUAAGCUCAGAUUCCGAUCUUUGUUAGCUCAGGGAGACGACAAAGAAAAGCACAAAACAGCAUUAGGGAUUCUUCACAAUGAUCAACAGCAGCAGUGAUCGUCAGAUUCAGAAAAUGAAGAACUGUGAGGAUUAUAUCCAAGCCCUAGAGGCCGAGCGUUGCAAGAUUCAAGUUUUUCAACGCGAGCUCCCUUUUUGUCUCGACCUCGUCACGCAAGCAAUUGAGGCAUGCAAGCAGCAGCUGUCUGGGACGACGACUGAGUGCAAUUUAUUAUAUCAUGGGCAAUCUGAGUGUAAUUCGGAGCAGACGUGUAGCGAUGCGCCUGUUCUGGAGGAGUUUAUCCCUAUCAAGAGGGCUGCUUCUGCUUCUGCUUCUGCUUCGGCUUCAGCUUCUGAGGAUGAAGAACAUGAUUCGAAGAAGCCAAGAAAUUAUACAAAUAUCAAUAUGGACACCCAGAAUGGCAAGAAAGCAGACUGGCUUAGAUCUGUGCAACUUUGGAAUCAAGGCCAACCAGAUCCACCCCAUCGACAGGGUUCGCCAAAAAAAGUUGCAUUCUUGGAGGCGAAGAAGAUAAACGGCAACAACGGUGCAUUCCAUCCCUUUAAGAAAGAGAAGAGAGGCGACACUCACUCGCAGAAGCCGGAGGUCCGGUCAGUGCCGCCGGCGUCCACCAGCUCCACGGCGGAGACCGGCGCUGAGAAGAAGGGAUCAGGAAAAGAGGGGCAGUCGUCUGAGAGAAAAGUCCGGCGGUGUUGGUCGCCGGAGCUGCACAAAAGAUUCUUACAAGCCCUUCAACAACUUGGUGGCUCACAAGCGGCUACGCCUAAACAGAUUAGGGAUUUAAUGAAGGUCGAUGGACUCACCAACGAUGAGGUUAAAAGCCAUUUGCAGAAAUAUCGACUGCAUACAAGAAGACUGAACCCUUCCAUUCACAGCAGCAAUAACAUCACCACCACCACCACACAGACACCUCAAUUUGUUGUUGUGGCUGGAGGAAUAUGGAUGCCACCGGACUACACUGCAAUGGCUACCACCGCCGCCGCCACCACCACCACCACCACCUCUAAAGCAAUUUAUGCCCCCAUUGCUGCAGUUCCUUUAUCUGUCCCGGAGGCAUCGACUACUUGGAAACAAGAAACCAAGUCGACUAAUUCUGGCGAUAGAGGCAGCAGCAGCAGCAGCGGCGAGCAUUCCUCCACGCCAACCCUUUAACUGGGAACUGCCAAAAGUUUUCAUUAACAUAUAAUAAACACAUCCAUAUCAAACACGAGCAGAGCAGUAGAUUUUGGAUACUAUUACACCAUAUGUUGAUGUUGUCUUUGUUUAUGUUGUGACAGGUUUUUGCCUUGUAUCUUGUAGCUUUGAGGAAUGAAUGAAUGAGUUUGACACUUA